AUGAAACAGACAAGAGUUCAAUCUGCUGCAACAAAUUCUCGUCUUCGAGAUAAUCAUUAUGAUCCCAAAGUGCACACAAAGGCUUGGAUUGCUCCAGGUAGAUGUUCAAAAUAAAUUAGGAAUCUUCAAUCAAUUGCCUAAAUAUGAACAUCUAGAUUCUGGUCUAGUUGUCAUCCAUUAGAAGAAUAACAAAAUGAAAUAGUUUAAGGAAUUGUCAGAAUUAAACGAAGAGAUUUAAGAGAUGCAAAAAAAAGAUGAAUUCAGAAAGUUUAAAGAGUUUGAGAAUCUUUAUAAUGGAGAUUUAGUAGUGACAAUUGAAUAUUGGUAUAAUUUUGAAUGAAUGUCAAUAGUACAAAUUGUUCUCAGCAUGCAGGAUCAACUAGACAUGACGAAGAGAAAUAUUAUACAUUCGCCACCAAUUUAAAAUAGGAGCUUAUUUAGUAAUAUCCUACAGCAAAGGUUUACCUGAAGCCAUUGAUCUACGAUCCCCAUGAUUAAUCUAUAGACACUCUCUAUAUUCAAAGGAGAAUUGGAGCAUUUGAAGUCCAGGUCUGCUCAAAGAAUAGAGAUCAAGUCAAAAAAGGCUUAGUAUUUUCAAAGUUGAAUACUAAGAUGUGGCCAAACUAUACAGAAGUCGUAGAAAGAGUUAGUGAUUACUUAAACACUGCUCCAUUAGAAAUUUAUGUCAAUUUUGGUGAGAAUAUUAAAGGCAAUCUUAAUAACAUUGAAGUUACUCUGACUCCAUAUAGAUAAGACAGACCAUAAUCAAGUGUCUCUCGUAUAUCUUCACAAACUAAAAAAACAAAUAGAACUGCCACAAAAGAAAGAAAAAUUACAGCUAAAACAAAUAAUCAAGGAUAUAUUAAAUUAGAAGAUGUUCCUGUGGAUGUGUAUGUUGUAGAAGUGCAUGAAUCUAAUGAUUAUCUUAAUGAACAGUUACUAUUGAAUAUGGUAGAGCUGGCUGAGUAAAGCAAUGAUACUAUGCAAGUUGUAAUUAAGCUAAGAAAGUAAACUCACUCUUAUUUGGAUAUUAAGAUAUUCAGUCAAUAGGGUGCAACCUUAACUGAAGCUAAAAUAACCAUAACAAAUCUUUAAACUCAAGAAAGCAUGUUAUCAAGAGAAAUUGAACCUGGUAGAUAUGAAGCAAUCUUGGAACCAAAUUAAUAUACCUUUACAAUCUAAAAGAGAGGAUACAAAGAACUAAGUUAGACUAUUGAUGCAGUAUAAGGAGUCAAUGAAUUCAAGUUGAUUAUGGAAGUAGAUCCAAAUGAUCAAUAACCAAUUAAACCACCUUAAUCAGCAAAACAAUUAUAACCAAUAUAAAAACCUAGUAGUGCUCGUCCAACUAGUGCUUCUAGAUCAUAAUAAGGUAAUAAUACAGCUUAAUCUCAAUAAUAAAUGAGUAAAUAAUAAUAAUCUUAGCAGUAAUAAUAGCAAUAGCAAUAAUAGUUACCACCAAAACCAAAAUCUUAAUAAUAGUCAAUACAAUCAUAUGAAUAGCCUGAAUAUAUGGAACCAACUAAAUAGGAAGCAAUCUCAAAUCCUAAUAGACCUAUUUCAGGUUAUAAAUCUACAUAAGUAUUUAUAUAUGAUCCUUACACUAAUUUACCGAUUGAAGGAGUUUAAGUCAUUUUGAAUGAAGAAUCUACAAAGCAAUCCUAGACAUAUGUAACUGAUUAGGAAGGAACUUGUAGGAUUAUUUUACAAGGAGUUUUGGAAGGGAAAAUGGUGAUUUAAACGUAUCUCAUUAUUUUUAUUGUUUAUUAGGGAAGGGUAUUUCCCAAUAGUUGAAGAAUAUGGAACGACUUAAUCAAAAAUGAAUUUGUAUCAAUUGAGAGAAUUGUCAUUCCCUUUGAUUUCGCAUCUGGAGGACAAGAAUUCAGUUAUGAUUUUAGUUCAAACCAAUGUUGAAGUGAUGCCAAUUGACAUCAAGAUGAUUUUACCUGAUAAUGUGUAGAUUGAUUAAAGUCAUCAGAAUGUACUCUAUGAUACGAAUGAUGAAUCUGGAUGUUAAAGGAUUAUUGUACAUGAUCUUAAUACUAAAAGAGGUGUGUAUAGAAUAAUUGCAGACAUAAUUGAACCUGAUUAUGUACAUCCUCAACACUUAAAAGUUUAUAUCAUUACCAAUAAAGAGUUAAAAUUGGUAGACGUCCCAAAAACUAUUAAUUAAGAACAAAUCUAUUGGGAUAUUGGUGUAAUUUGUGGUAAUUAUUCAAUUCAUUUAAUUAAUAGCACCCAAUUCUGGAUUUCUAGAGAUCAACACUCCCACUGAUGAAAUUUUGAAGAGGGAUAAAUAUCUCAAAGACUAUCAGAGUUUGUUGUAGUUCUUAAAGAAUUCUAAGAAUAUGGAUUUAAAAACCAUCUUAGGAUUUAAUGAUAAGGAGAGACUAGAAUUAUAAGGCGAUGUGUUUGUUUAGAAGGAAAAGAUUAAAAACACUUUAGACAAGUACGGUUUUGAAGCAAUCACUAAUCUUGAUUAUUUAAUUUAAUCCGCCAUGAUGUCUAAUGGAUUGUACAGUUUUAAAAGACUGGAAUAGAAAUUUGGAAAUCUUGAUUUUGAAUUCAUAUUUGAUGAUGAGAAUUCAACUAGUAAGUAAAAGGAAAUGAGUGAAGAUGAACCUUAUGAUGAUGAUUAUGAUAUAUGA